GCUGGCCCACCGCCCGAUGUCGCCAAGUCGUUGGAGCAGUACUGGAGCGAUUUCAUCAUGGAAAACAGCAUCGAUCAGGUGGCGACGAGCGCGCGGGCGCGCCGGGCACGGCCGACGCGGAAGCAGGACCAUCAGAAGGCCAUGGUGCGGGUGACGUUUCCAGUGGAUCACAGUCAUCAGUAUCUCGAGGGCGCCAUUUCGAAAUGCGUCCACUCCAUAGGUGCGACCAGGAAGUACGGAGCGGCGCCCAGAG